AAAGCAAGCAAAAAAUUUGACAGAUAAAUUUUCAAUUUUCCGUAUGUACUCUUUUGUGGUGUGGCUUGCGGCGUUUUUCAAUUAUAUAUUUUUUGGUUGCGAUUUGUAUAAUUUUUAAAGAAAUACUAGCAAAUAUUUCCAUUCAUAUAAGCAAAGCAAUACAUUAAUAAGUGGAUGUUUAGUUAAAAAACUAAAACAAAUAUGUGGCAUGAGGCUCGAAGACAAGAACGGAAAAUCCGUGGAAUGAUUGUCGAUUACAGAAAAAGAGCCGAACGCAGACAAGAUUUUUAUGAAAAAAUUAAAGCUGAUCCAACACAAUUUAUUCAAUUGCACGGACGAAAAUGCAAAAUUCAUUUAGAUCCAGCAGUAGCAGCAGCAGGCGACGGCGCCGCCAUCAUAGUCCCAUGGCAAGGACAACAGGACAAUCUUAUCGAUCGAUUUGAUGUACGUGCUCAUUUGGACUACAUACCAGUGGCACCCAAAAUCACUGCUUGUGAGGAGAUUGGAUCCGAUGAAAGACAGUGUAAUUACGAACGAUAUCGCAUCUUGGCUCAAAAUGAUUUCUUAAAUCUGCCUGAGGAAAAGUUCUUGCAUCAGUUAUACCUAGAAGAGCAGUAUGGGGCUAAUGCACAGCUAGAGGCCGAAAGAAACUUGGGCAAGAAAAAGCAAUCCGGAGCUGCCAUAGCUUACUCCUAUGACGAUGCGGAUGGCUCAACACCCUUUAGCCAUAUUCCGAGCGCGACAGUGCAAAAUAAUGACGACGACAAUGAUUCUGUGGGAUCCGAAAUUGAUAUGGACGUCUCUAUCGAUAUUUCUAAGCUUGAUACAGCCCAAGCACAUGAACUGAAUGCCUGUGGCAGAAAUUAUGGCAUGCUAAGCAACGAUUUCUAUUCCUAUCUGACCAAAGAUGUAGAUGAAGCAGACGCAAUUCGUCUAGCCCGCGAGGAGGAACAAGAGAAAAUGAUGCUAAGUGGAAGAAAGAGCCGUAGGGAACGUCGAGCACAAAAAGAGAGACGUGUUGCCGGACGGCCACUCAGUCCACCGAGUUAUGCGGCAAAGGAGGAGACAACAGGAGACACUCAGGAAAAUGAAAGCGAUUCGAGGUCACCGUCACCGGAGAAUUCCGGAAAAAUAACGUACAUAACAUCUUUUGGAGGCGAAGACGAACUCCAACCACAUUCGAAAAUUCUGAUUAACCUAAAUAAAGGAGGUAAACCGAUUGCAGGUAGUAGUUUAUCGCAUGUUGGACAAAUAACCUAUGCUCAAAAGGUUAAAGAAAAUCUAGAAAAACUUAAACAGGUCAACGAAAGAAGACCUGAGAGACCAAAACAGUAUCAGUAUCGAAGUCGUAGUAAAAGCCGAAGUCGUGGGCGCUAUCGCCGAAGUUUUAGCAGAUCGAAAAAAAGCAGAAGGAGUAGAAGUAGGUCCCGAGGAAGAAGGUAUCGUCGUUCGAGAUCAAGAUCUAGACGUUCGCGGUCUAGAUCCCACCGCAGAAGGCGAUACAGUUCAUCGUCAAGUAGAUCUAGCCACUCAUCGUCGGGAUAUCGAUGCGAAAGAAAUAGAUAUUCGCCAAAAAAACAGAGUACAUCAAAAUUGGCGGGAGUAAAAACUUGGCCAUCUGAAAAGGCUGCCGAGGUUGCGCCUCCUUCUCAAUUAAUUCCUUCUUCUACCGUGACAGAGUCGCCUUCAGUGGGACCUCCAAUGAUUCAAUAUCCUAUAUUACCAAUACAUAGGAAUAUUGCUGCCGUACAGAUGAAACCAGCACCAGUAAAAAUAAAAAUCGAGAUGCCUCAGCCACUGCCCGAAGAACCACCACCUAUAAAGAGAUACUACGGUCGCAAAAGGCCCGGAGACACCUCAGACUCUGAUGAAGAAGGCACUGGGGCUGCCGGGGAAUCAGAAGAUGACAAUAGUAAUGAUGACGACCAAGAAGAUCAAGGACUUAUGGACGUUGAAACAUCAUCAGAUAAAUCAUAUCCGUUCCCCCAUUCAUCUGGUGCGGGGGUAGGCUUCGGAGAUGGGUCUUCUGGUACUGGUAAACAGAGUAGCAAAAAUCUUCUCACAGCACAUGGCACAAAUCUUUCUAGCUCUACCGAGACCAAAGUAUCGAGUAAUGGUGGCAAUGGAAACAAAAUAGUCUUAAACCCACGAGAGAGGUUGAAACGCAAGAUGCAAAUUCUUCUGAAUAAACAAUAUAAAGCUGACAAAAAAGCUGAAAUCGAGAAGACUGAACGUCAACUUCAACAGCAACAAGAACGAGAAGAUGAGAUGCGGGAGUUGGCUCUUAAACUUCGACGAAGACAAAGAGAACUUCGCCACAAGUAUGGAACUCCAAAAUCGAGUGACGGAGGAAAAUCUUCCGAUGAAGAAUCCGCCGAUGCAACUAAAAUGAAAAUCAGGAGCCGUUCAGCUUCUCAAUGCAGUAAAAAAUCAUCAAAAAGCACCCGAAGCAAUCACAGAAACAGUCGUGAUCGAGAACCUGAUAGAAUGCGAUCAAGGAGAAGUUGUAGUAGAGGGAGACAUCGUGAAAGAACACGAAGUUGUAGUCGAUCAAAUCAUAGACAAAGGCGAAGAAAUUCACGAUCAAGGAGUAGGAAUCGUCGUAGUAAUUCUCGAAAACGUAUACGAAGUCCAGAUCGUUCUAGAUACCGCCGCGAUCCUGACCAUUCACGUACUCGUAGGUCUAGGUCUAGAUCUAGAUCCAAAAAUCGAACCACAACGUCUAGCAGAUAUAGAGAAACCACAAAUCGUUACCCACCUUCUUCCAGGAACUAUGAUCGAGGUUCGGGCAAUUCAACACAAGCUAAUGAAUGUGAGAGAAGUAACCGGAACAAAAUUGUUAUUUCAGCUCCACCAAAGUUAAAAAAACUGGUCGACUAUUGAAAUCGUAGCAUGUGACUUUUAAUUUAUCAAC